AACAAACAAUCCCACAAACUCGGAAGAAAAAAGAUCGGAAGAAAAAAGAAAAGGAAAAAAGAAAAAACCAUAUAUGGAUGCAAAACAAGAAAAACCAGUUGAUCUUCCAGCGGACAUGAUAGAAUUUAUCCUGUCGAAAUUACCGGUUAAGUCUCUUCUUCGAUUCAAAUCAGUUUGCAAGUCAUGGAAUACGAUAAUCUCCGAUCCCGUAUUCAUCCGAAACCAUCGGCACCUAUCCAUGUUUUCCAACGUCCAAAAUCUCUUCCUAGCCAAGAUUUCACUCGGCUACCACAACUUCUUCUCUCUUGUCAAAUUGGAAGGCCGAAAGUUUAUAACCGUCGAGAAAAUCAAAGGCCCGGAUCAAUGGAACACGAUCCUCUGCGUUUGUGACGGCGUUCUUCUCUUAUCCGACUUCUGGUACAGGAAUUUCACCUUGUGGAAUCCAUCAAAAAGAACCGAGACGAAAUUCUCUUCCCCGAUUGAAUUUGAGUCUCGUUUGAACUUUGGACUUUGUCACAAUCCGAUCACCGGCGAUUUUAAGGCUGUUAUCGUAUACAGAAGCCACUACCUCGUUUUUUCAACCAGGGAUAAAGAUAUCGUCAAUGUAAGAGAAUUCGACGAUCAAACUACGCAUGGUUCUUCGGAAUUGAUGAAUUUUUGUGGAGUAUGUGCUGAUGGGGUUGUUUAUUGGGCCAUGCAGCGGGAUAAUUGUACGGAAAUAGUAUAUUUUGAUCCGAGAGACGACGAGUUUAGGGUUUUGGAGAAGCCGGAGUAUUUAAAAGACGACGAUAGAUCGUUUCAUUUGACUAUUUGGAAGGGUUUCUUGUGCUUGUAUCGAAACGGGGAGGACGAAACUAGGGUUGAGAUCUGGGCAAAGGAAAAAGGGUGUGGCAAUAGUACUAAUAAUUGGAUGAAUGUGAUAACCAUUGAGAAUGUGGAGAAGCCGAUUAGUUGCUUUAAGCCGCAGUGUUUUGUGGAGAAUAAGGUUUUGAUUGUGUCGAAGCGUUCGAUGUCGCUCUACAGUCCUUGGGCGAAGACGUUUGAACUAGUCGACGACGCGGAUUUAGCUUGCGUUGAUGUAAUGGUUCCGUUUCCGGAGAGUAUCUAAGUAUGUAUUCUUAAUCUAUAUAUUUGAAAUUUACUUUCUUGAUUUCGUUACGUUUUAGUUAAGUUCCUUUUCAUAUGUUAAGUUCACCAAAGCCAUAUAUAUAUAUACGGA